AAACGUACUUAACUAUACGGUCACACGUUAAGUGCCAACAGUUCUGGUUAGAAUCUGGGGUGAGUCGGGUUAGUGCUCGAAAAUACAAGUGAUAUUGAGUUAUUCGAAAAUGCAGAAUAUUUACGUCGUAAUCCUUACAUUUGCUGUAUUAGGCAACACAGCAACCGCUACGUUUUGGCGUCGUCAUGGACAUGGUAAUUGGGGGCAUAGGCCCCCUUGGGGUCAUCCACACCAUGUAGGGUAUGCCUACGGCCAGCACCCCUAUUACCAUCCUCACCCUCAUAAUUGGGGUUUUAACCAAGGUUAUCCUAAUUGGGGGUAUCCUAUAAAUACGAUUACGAGUCCUCCACCACAUUUUCCAAGUUUACCAAAUUUUCAAAUCGGGACAAACUUCGUACCUGCCCAACCAACUGCCACAGUAGGAACAAUUCAGCAAACGAUAAACCCACCUGACACAAUAGGAACAAUUCAGCAAACGUUAAAACCAACUGACGGAAUAGGAUCAAUUCAGCAAACGAUAAACCCACCUAACACAAUAGGAACAAAUCAGCAAACGAUAAACCCACCUAACACAAUAGGAACAAUUCAGCAAACGAUAAACCCACCUAACACAAUAGGAACAAAUCAGCAAACGAUAAACCCACCUAACACAAUAGGAACAAAUCAGCAAACGAUAAACCCACCUAACACAAUAGGAACAAUUCAGCAAACGAUAAAACCAACUCACGCAAUAGGAACAACUCAGCAAACGUUACUACCAAGUGACACAACAAAACCAAACCAUCCACCAUCAAAUUACACUUCGGUACAUAUUAACCCUCCAAGAAUUACCCCAAGUGUCACGACACCAGUAUAUCAACCUGUAUGUGGUACUAAUUAUGAGACUUACGAAAACAUGGACCAGUUUCUCAGCGCUCAGAAAUCCGGAAAGAAUAUUAGAAUUUUCUUAAGAAGACCAUGUCCAUCACUGGGUGUGGGUGAAACGAAGUCUAUUAAGGUUCAAUGUAUAGCGUCUUGCUAUAAAUCAGAAGACAACCAACCAAUUUGUGGAUCCGAUGAUAUUACAUACGAUAACCCAGCGAUGCUAUUGUGUGUCCAAAUGUGUGGAUAUGAUGUGAAAGUAAAACAUAUAUCACCAUGUCGACAAGUAAACAACUAUACCAAUAACAAUCCCUCGAUCUCAAAUGGUAAUGAUCAAACAGUAAAUCCGCUAUCGCCUGCCGUUCAGAUCAGUAUGAACACAUUUAUGGACAUCAUAGAACUCUGUAUGACAAUGAACGUUAGCUCUAAUCAGAUAGACUAUGAACAGUAUUGCGGCUACAAUAUUGCAACGCUACAGAAUUUGUUAUGUACUCAAAAUGAUAAUGUAAAUCAAAUGAUAAUCACUACUCCAACUCCACCUCCAACUCCAACUCCAACUACAUUUUGGCAACCGGAAUUAGUAGCUUGCGUGAAAGUGUGCCCUCAUACUCCGGAAUACAAUCCUGUUUGUGGCACUAAUGGUAUCACAUUUGAAAAUCUUAGUAUUUUACGAUGCGUGCAGCUGUGUGGUGUCAGUGUUAACAUUCAUCGAGCUUCGGCAUGCUCUCCGGCAGUAGAUACACAACAAACAACUAAUGACGAAAAUGGAGAAGUUCAAAAUGUGAAUAAUGAAAACAAACCCGUGCCAAACAACAACAGCAGUGAGACAAUACCCUCUGAAGUCCCAUUGGACAAUUUCGGAGGAGUUACUAAAACCACUACAGAGGCAGAUGAAACAAUUGACAUCGAUCCUAGAAUUCUUCAAAUUGCGAAUGAUAAAACAUAGUUCAUAAUCUUACCACAUAAUCAACGAAGCCAAAGCCUUAGCUUCAAAAGUAUGCUACGGCUACCAAACUUUUUUAGUAAUAAAAGAAAAUUAAAAAAGCACGUUAUCAAGAUAAA